CUUUCUUUUGCUGUUCAUCAUACCAUCAAUAGAAAUCGUCCAAUUUCUGAUUUUGUUUCGCAAAAUUCGGACUUUUGUACAAAGGCUUCGUUUUUUUUUUUUCUGUUCUUUAUAAAUAGCUCGUCAAAGAAAUAGAGAAAAAUCUCAAAUAAAAAAAAAUGGACAACGAUGAAGAAGAGCACUUAAAGGCAGCUUUUGGCGAAUCGUCAGAUGAUGAACACCUCGCAGAUCGGCUGGAGAAAGAAACUGUAGAGAUCAGAGAUUCGACGGUAUGGGAGCGAGUGGAGAAAAUCGACGGUUUAUGGCUCUGUAGAAACUUCCUCUCUGUUCAUCAUCAGUCUGAUUUACUCUCCGCCAUUCUAAACGAAGGUUGGUUCGUUGAAGACUCUAUUAACCAGGCGAUGAGAUUUGGUGAUCUCCCUUCAUGGGCAACAGAAGUAUCUGAUCUCAUACGCGAGACCGUUGAAUCUGUUGAUCUUCCAGUGUUGCCUGCUGAUUUACUGUGGAGAGAGCCUCUGUUCGACCAGCUCAUUGUCAAUUUAUACCAACCAGGUGAGGGGAUUUGUGCACAUAUUGAUCUGCUGCGUUUUGAAGAUGGAAUUGCCAUUGUCUCUCUGGAGUCACCUUGCGUGAUGCGGUUCAGUCCUGCAGAAAAGGAAGAAGAUGAAGAUGUGGAUGUUUUGUUGAGCCCAGGGUCUCUCAUUCUCAUGUCUGGAGACGCUCGGUAUCGAUGGAAACACGAGAUUAAUCGAAAGCAGGUCGGGUUUCAGGUAUGGGAAGGAGAAGAAAUUGAUCAGAAACGAAGAAUAUCCAUCACCUUGAGAAAGCUAUGUCAAGCUUAAGGCUGGACUAGCUAAUUUUAGUCAUCUUUUUUGUAUAUGUGAUUUAACUAAUAAGAACUUUGGAUCCUCAUAUCUUUCUUCACAUUGGUUAGGGAAAGUCAUUUUUA